UGUGAGGUGAAUAGUGUUUCCAGUUACAGCGCUCGUUGCUUCUGGUUUGCAAUAGGAUUAAAUUGAAUGCUAUUCAAUUAACACAGCGGGUUUUGUGUGAACGACGGACUUCAAAAUAAGUUUUUAUUAUGUGCCGAGGACCAAUAUGUAUUGUUAUUUAUGCAAUUUAAAAUGUGAAAACUAGAGUGAUAAAUGUAUUAUAAAUCAAAACGAUUUGUUGUGUGAAUAUUUUAUGCAUAUGGAUUAAGAGACUCGAGAUUUUGCAAGAUGACAUACUGUGGAUUGAAUUAAAAUUACAUCGCUGAACAUUUCACAAGGGACAAAGAGAUAAAAAAGAAAGCGUGCACAUGAUGACACCCGAAUGGGAUAUAAAUGACGCACACAUACCCUUUGUUCAGGAUAUUUCCUACGAUAAAUUCAACGAUUGGGCAGAUGGUCAUUGCCGUCAUAUCUAUCUUCCAACGGAUGAACAAGCUCGGAAACACAUAUCUGGCUGGGCUAUGCGAAACACCAACAAUCACAAUGUAAGCAUCUUGAAGAAAAGCUGCUUAGGCGUUCUUAUAUGCUCGGCACGGUGCUGCCUGCCGAAUGGAAGCCAAAUACAUCUACGACCGGCAAUAUGUGAUAAAGCCCGCAGAAAACAACAGGGACGAGCUUGUCCUAAUCGAAGUUGCAAAAAUGGUCGCCUAGAAGUACUACCUUGUCGAGGACACUGUGGGUACCCCGUUACACACUACUGGCGGCAUACGGAUAAAGCAAUCUUUUUCCAAGCCAAAGGUACUCACGACCAUCCAAAGCCAGAAUCAAAAACAUCUGGUGAAACGAGAAAACUUGUAGGUGUUUCAUCUAAAACCAAAGCCAAAAAACUCUCUGUGCUGUUACUGAGAGAUGCAGCGCUAGGAAAUAAACUCAUGUCAUUGAAGAAUACAUCAAAGACUACCAAUAAUGUGUCAGGAGAGAUUCUUCAGCCCCCACCACUGAUACCGGACGCGAAUAUAGAGAAACAAAAAUGUCAAGUUUGUUGUAAAUUGCAGUGUUCAUGCAAAAACACAAAUGUUGGAUGUACAUUUUCUAUUAAAACCAGUGACAUGCUGAACCCAAGCAGUGGACUUCUCGAAAAUGCGUAUGGAUGUUCACAAUCGAACACGUGGUCAUACUACGCGAAUGCGACCGGAAAUCAAAUGUGUGACACUAUCAGUUGUACCAAUGGUCAAAACAUUGUAAACCAUUCCGCAAACAGUAUUGAAAGUUUUCAACCAGACGAAAUCUUCCAACUGGAUCAACCGCUCAGAUCAAAUCCUCAGCAAGGCUCCAGCAUAAAUCCACCUCCAACAACUCUUCUAGAUCUAGGAAGCGGUGCAAUUUAUAAGAAAUGCAACCAAAUUACACCAGACUACUUUAUGGGAGGAAAUGGCAAUAUAUUCAACGAUAAUUUAAUGGGUCAUAGUGGAACAUGUUCUAGUAUUCCUCCAUACGAAAACAAAACAUCGAUCCAAUCCCAUAUCUACUCAACCAAAUCGUCAGGCUCAGCGAUUAAUCCAGUUCACACUACAUCUCAGUAUUCUCUAGACAUUUCAAAAUCCAUCAAAAAAGAAGUUGGUUCGAAAUCAUACGAAUGCAGUUUUGCUCAAAGGACACGAUAUGACUGUGAUAAUAAUCAAAUGAACUACAAGAAAACUAGUAAGAUAAUCGGUUCAGCAAAUAUCAUCAAUAACAACAACAGCCCGAACGAACCGUUCGAAAGAACUGCUAAUUUGUACGGAACAACAUGUGAUGAAGUCAACUACUGCUUCCAAAACGAAACGAGUACUUAUCAGCAUACCAACUACGUAUCAGCUAAUGCUUUCCAUUCAGAUGUAUCUAACGCUAACUUAACCUACGGCUACACAGAGGAUUGUUAUCGCUAUUCAGGAAAUACGUACGCAAAAUCCAGCCAUCAUGGUGGUGGAACUGGACUACACGCUCAGCAAACAAACUCCGAACUUCCGAUAGCUUCGUAUGAAUUUUACUAA